ACUCGGAGGCUUGACGCUGUCUGCUUUGUUGGAGCUAUCGAUGCUGUGACUUUCGGUUAGUCUGCUGCAAAUUGCAAGACAUUACGUGGGAUGUUCUGCGUGUUUUCUGUUUAUCAGUCACAGUAAACACGUUCUGGAUCACAGUACGUGCUUGUUUGCUGUGGGGCCGCUUCCGACGAGAGAAGUAAGGAACCUCUGUAUAUAAACAAAACGCAGCGAGCUGCUUUUUAAGGUGGCACGUCAGAGACAGCUGCGGCUAAAGCUCGUCCACUAGCCACCUUUAAAGUUAGCUAACUUCGUCUGGGUCGCGUUGACAGCGAUGGAAAUCACUAUACAGCUCUCUUAGGAGUUAAACUCCCUAAACACUCUGUCUGCGAACAUGAGAGAAGAGGAUAGGUUGUUCUCAGGAAGGCAGCCCAUGGCAAGUGGAAGAGGGGGUGGACAUCCCUGCUGCUGCUGCUGCCCUCACUUGACAGAGGAGAAAGGAGCACUUGCUAUCAAGAAGACUGACCCGAGGCCACCCGGUCAUCUGUCCGAGUCUCAGUAGUGUAAUAUCAGACUCUGGCACAUCAUGGAGACGGUGGGCAAAUUUGAGUUCAGUCGGAAGGACCUGAUAGGACAUGGCGCAUUUGCUGUCGUCUUCAAAGGCAGACACAGAGAGAAACAUGACUGGGAGGUUGCAGUUAAGUGCAUAAACAAGAAGAACCUGGCCAAAUCUCAGACACUGCUGGGGAAAGAGAUCAAAAUUCUUAAGGAACUGAAACACGAGAACAUUGUUGCCUUACUGGACUUUCAGGAAACUGCCAGCUCAGUGUACCUGGUGAUGGAGUAUUGCAAUGGAGGCGACCUUGCUGACUACUUACACUCCAAAGGAACACUUAGUGAGGACACUAUUCGUGUGUUCCUGCAGCAGAUUGCAGGGGCCAUGAGGGUUCUACAAGCCAAAGGUAUCAUCCACCGGGACCUGAAACCCCAGAACAUUCUACUCUCCUAUCCAGCUGGACGCAAGUCGCACUCCAAUAACACCUGCAUCAAGAUCGCGGACUUUGGCUUUGCCAGAUACCUACAGAACAACAUGAUGGCUGCGACCCUCUGUGGAUCACCCAUGUACAUGGCUCCUGAGGUCAUCAUGUCCCAAAACUACGAUGCCAAGGCUGACCUGUGGAGUAUAGGCACUAUUGUGUUUCAGUGUCUGACCGGCAAGGCUCCUUUUCAGGCGAGCAGUCCACAGGACCUCCGUAUGUUCUAUGAAAAAAACAAGACUCUUAGCCCCAACAUCCCCAGAGAGACGUCCAACCAUUUGAGGCACCUGCUGCUGGGUCUGCUGCUGCGAAACCACAAGGACCGCAUGGAUUUCGAUGAGUUUUUCUGUCAUCCUUUCCUGGAGGCCAGCUCAUCAUCCGUGAAAAAGACAACUCCUACUGUGUCCAUGACGUGCUUCCCCAGCUCUGCAUCAGCCAGCUCGUGUAGCAGCUCGUCCACCUCUCACCUCGCCUCACCACCGCAGUCUCUUGCCGAGGUUCAGCAUUUGCGUGCCAAAGCUCUGGCCUCACCGACCCAGGAGGCUGCUGGUUUUCUCCUCAAGGACUCAUCUGGCGGUGCCGGAAGCAGCAAGAACUCCUCCUCCUGUGACACUGAUGACUUUGUCAUGGUGCCUGCUAACUUUCCAACAGCUGAGCUUGCAUGUGAGAGUAAAGUGCUGCAGGACAGCCUGAUGAACAGCGGAUCUCUCUUGGCUUCGGCUGGUCUGUGUACUCCAGCCAAAACGCCGCCACACUCGCCGUCCUACAGCGGGUCUCCAAGCCCCGUCAGGCCCAGUGAGCUCCCGGGAGGUAACUAUGGAAACAACGGUCAGUCAUUGCCUAUCCCUGUCCCCACUCAGCUGCAGAACUACCAGCGCAUGGAGCAGAACCUCCAUUCAACCAAACACGAUGGCUCACCACGGUUGACCACACCGGUGCGGAGGUGCAGCAGUGGCAGCUUGCUGGGCUUCGCUCGGACCGGGCCCUCCCCACCACACGGACAGGGAGCAGUCACAACCAAUCGCAGACUCUCCCUGGGAGGUGCCAGACCUUUCCAGCUCUCACCUCAAGCCCCCCAACUGGCUUCUCAUCAACACCCACAGCCUGCAGGACUGGGCACAAGGCUCCACAGCGCCCCCUGUUUGUUGGAGUGUGCCACUGGUGGAGGCAGGCAGAAGAUCAGGAAGCAGCAUUCAGACCCGGUGGUUGCACCGUCAGCAGGCAUGAUGGCCAUCCGUCCCUUACACUCAUCCCCGCGACUCAGUGAGCUGAUGCAGCGCAGUCCCCUCCCCACCAUCCUCGGCUCGCCCUCCAGGACCAUCCCUCCAUUUGAAUUCCCCAAACCCCCGAGCUCUCCGAACCUUGUGACCUUCCUGACACAGCAGGGUUUGGUCAUUGGCUCGCCUGGCAGCAGGACUGCACAAACAGAGCCCAGAGACCUAGGGCAACACGCACCUACGCAGGUCACCCAGCCUGCCCACUGCAUUCACAGACUCAACAAUGAAAACAAGGGCUUUGGAAGGUCUCAGAGUGCCGGCCGUCUGUCUGACAUGCUGCUCAUGGCUGCAUUUGGACCACCUGGACUUGGCUGUGAGCGAGGAAGCACAGAGAACCUGACCUCUGAAAAAGCCAUAGACAUAACAGUGCCCCCAAGUGGUGGUGGAUGCCUCACACCUGGCUCAUGCAGCCCAGCACAGGUGGUCUUUACUGUGGGCUCUCCUCCCAGUGGCAGCACCCCACCUCAAACCUGCAGACAGAGGAAACACUCAGCAGGCUCCUUUACUUCAGUCAGCCCUGCAGGCUCCUUCACGAGCCGCUUCGCCCACACAGGCACGUAUCUGGACGGCUUUGAGGUACCGUCUAGUCCUCGCUUCAGUUUCACUGAUCCGAUCACAGCGAACAUGGGCGGUCAUGUGACCUUUGAACCUCCAGAGCUUCCUGAAGAGACCCUAAUGGAGCAGGAGCACACAGACACUGUUCAAAGCCUGCGUUUCAUGCUGGAUUUUGCCCGCUGUCUGAUGGAGGUGGCCGGAGCACGCGGUACGGCUGUGAUGGGGGAGAUGGAAGACUUUUCUCAUCCCUCCCUCUUUCAGCAGCAGAGCCUGGUUGCAGAUCAGAUAAGCUCACUGAGCCGAGAAUGGAGUCAUGCAGAACAGCUGGUUCUCUACCUGAAGACUGCAGAGCUCUUGUCCACUGCCUUACACACAGCCAUGGAGCGAGUCAAACAGGGCAAACUCUACCCAUCCACUACAGUCAAACAAGUGGUUAAGAGGCUGAAUGAGCUGUACAAGUCCAGUGUGGCAUCCUGUCGCUCCCUCAGCACCAGUCUGGAGCGCUUCUUUUCCAGGAAACACCGUCUAAUGGACCAAAUCACCUCCAUCACAGCUGAGCGGCUGCUUUUCAGCCACACUGUGCAGAUGGUUCAGGCUGCUGCACUGGAUGAGAUGUUCCAUCAAGGGGAAGCAUCGGCUCAGCGCUACCAUAAAGCUCUCCUGCUGAUGGAGGGCCUGUCCCUGCUGCUCACUGAACAGGAUGACCUCCUCAGUGUUAGCAAAUGUAAGGAGUGCAUUGAAAGACGUCUCACAGCUUUGCAGUCAGGACUCUGCGUCUAAGAGUACAAUGCUGCUGCUUUUCCCGUGGAUUUGAUGUCAGUCAUCAGCACCCUGCACAUUUCCAUUAAACCAAAUAUCCAUCCACUUGUCGUGGUUUUCACUUAGAAAUGCUUCAGCUUUCACAAGAAAACCACCAGACUGCACCCUCAGUGAGGGUCUGCGCUCUCUAAAUGGCUUGCUUGCCGUUCAUCUGGAGUUUGGGGCAGGGGCUGAGACUUCACUGACACUACACUUGCACCAGUGUUGGGACAUGAAGCACACUUGCUGCGAAAGAAUGUUGAUGCUCUCGACUUUAAGAGAGGACUUGGCAUCGAAUAUGAUGUGGUUUUUUUUGCCAAGAAGAUGAUUCCUCUCACCAGGAGUAACACAUGCAGGAGCAUUUAUUGCCAAGUAGUCACAUCCCCACACACAGGACUUAUCUACAGAAAGAGAGAGCUUUUCAAGAAGGACAGUUGAUCAUUCUGAAGAUUUGCAAUACUCAACUCUAAAGACACAAUGUUAGCUUUUACCAGGAUGAGUAGCUGAAGAAAGUGCAGUGUGUGCUGUACAUGAAGAGGAAGGUUGUGUGUGACAGAAGAGGAUCAUUCAUGUUCUCCUGUCUUCUACUUUUUUUAAUGGCUUUCCUGUUUUCUCCUUGUGUUAUCUAAGUGUUACUCUCUAGCUGAAGCUACGAUUGGUUGCUGGAAGUGCAUACAAGCUCUAUUGCAAAAAAAAAUGUUGCCAAAAUUAAUUUUUAAAAAGUAGUUUUAUUUAUAUGUUUGUUUUUAUUUAAGUUUCACUGAUAGAAUAUAGAAGAAAAAAACCCUGUGUUUGACACUUUGCUGAUUUAACACUUUCCCCUUGUCUCCCAUCAUUUAAACAGUCUUUAACAGGGGUCUGAUUUUUCGAAUGGUGGCAGAUGUUGCGCAGUUGGCAGAAGAGGGUGUUCAGAAAGCACUCACAGUUUCACUGCGAUCUGCAAAAUGUAGCUUUGAAUUGAAAAUGGACCAAAACUGGUCUGUUAGCAUCCCUGUUCCCAGUCAUAUUAAAGAUGCUGCAAUAAUCCAGGAUGCACUCUUCAGAUUCACAGAAGCUUUAAUGCUGCUGUUGCUGGUAAUUUCUUCACAGUUACAUACUAUAUGUUACUAUGUUAUCAGUCAGUCAUGUGAGGAGUUUUGCAAGUAUAAUCACAUUUGAAUGUAGGGCUGACAGAAGAGAAACCAAUUCUAUUAUCCAAGUGCUGGAGGAUUUAAAUUCAGUCUUAUCCAAGAGCGAACGUCUGAAUGUUUUUGCACUGUUGAAGUACUGUAAAGAAAGAUUUGGAGUGGAACAUGCUGAACAUGUCCUGUUGUUUGGCUACCUAGACAUAUUUACUAAUCUUAGAGGUUGCAGUUUGAGUUUUAUUUACUUUCAUGUUGCGUGUGUUAGAUGUGAAAAUGUUAUAAAAAAGCUAUGAAACUUGAGGAAGAUUUGUUUAAGAAGAGAAAUGAAUUUGAACAUUGCUUUUUUUUACUGCGACAUUCAUUUGCAUUAGUUGUGUUGUGUUCUCUUUCCCCGUAGUGGUGUGUUUGAUGACGGUGGUUGAUGUUCGAUAAGUGUCCUGUUGAUUUGGAAUGCUAGUUGAAAGUAUGUGUUGUAUUUAUGUUGAUCUUAGCCUACAUCCAAAUAGGAUGCCUUUGCACCCCUGAAUUGUGGGCCACUGGAAAAGGAUCGAUUUGAACGUUGGUUGCUUUUAAGGGACGUCUGUGCGUGCGUGCAUGCAUGUCUGAUGCUGUUUGAUGUAUUAAUGGAAAGAGGGAAUUUUUCUGUACAGAACUAAAGAAGACAUUGGUCUAUAACAAGGUGGGAAUGAUGUGAUUUUUGACUGCAGUUGACAUGCAUGGAUAUAGUGGAUCUGGUUCAUGAAAGUAAAGCAUCCAUGGAAACAGGGGUUAUUCUAGUUUAACCCUUGUCACUAGGCCUGGGCGAUAAUUCAAUAAUGCUAAUUAUGGCGAUAUCAUUUUCUCAAUAUAAAUAUAACAAAUGUUUGAUACAAAUGUGAUAUAUUUAAACCUGUAAUUGCACCAUCAGAAAUCUGGGAUUAGAGACGUUUAUCAGAGAACUAAAUCCAGAUCCAGGCUCACAAACCGCCUGGUUUCUUCAACUUUCACCCAGGUGAAAAUGAAAUCAUGAUUUGAUAUUCAUUGUGAUAAUUAUUGAUAUCGACUGAUAUGGAAACAUUCAUCAUGAUGACAUCCUUUUUCGAUAUCGCCCAGCUCUACUUGCCACUACUAUUUUCUGCCACCAAGAGAUAUUCCUCCAGCUUAUUAUUUUUUUUUUAAAUUAAGAUUUAGAGUGAAUAAGUGCAUAUUGUGGAAAAGGAAGAUGAUGUAUGGUCAAGGCUGAAGAUAGUUUACAGACGAGUAAGAAGCCGACAUGGUAGCAGAGUGAACAGGAAAGAGUGGAAGUGUUUUUCUUCAUGAAGAUUUCUCUGAUUAUACAUUACAUGGAUUUGCUUUGUGGCCUUUUCAUUUUGUCUCUCAGAACUUUCUCUGAAACUUUUGUAGAUGUUACUUUACUGAAAGCGUUCUUUGUGUUUAUACUGUUUGUUCCAGUGUACAUUCCUAAUAUCUCUGUGAAGGUUUUUCAGUCAUCCAGGUCAUGAUAAUUCAAAGCUUGAUCUCAAAAGACAACUGGACCAAAAAGAACUUCAGUUCUAAAAAAAAAAUAACUUUCAGAGGAGAAGUGAAAUGUCUUCAAAGAUUUCUAUCAAGUCCAGUUCCCUUUUCAGAUCAAGCUUCCUACUAGCCUAACUCCCCCACAAGCUCCCUGUUUCACAUGCUGCUGUGUUCAGUCUGUAUGUGGUGUUGGUGUCUCUGAAUAUACAGUCAGCAGAAAGUGAUGACAGCUUACCUUAAACACAGACCUUCACCUUCACCUUUCAAUGUUUCUCUACAAUCAUAUUUAUCUAUCAUUCUAGUACUGGUUCUUUUGCGCUGGAGCAGGAAGCACCAUGAAGAUCAUUUGUGUUGUUAGUGUAGGAAGUGAGGGGACAGUGUCUUAUGCCAAUCACCUAUCCACUCUGCUGAAGUGUCCUUGAGCAAGAUACCGACUCCCUACAUUUGCUCAUGGGUAAGUAUCAACUAAAGAUACAAGUGUAACCUGAUUCUACUAUGUACACUCCCAUAUUAGAUCCACAAUGCAUUAGGAAUAUACUUUUUAUAUGUUUGCUGAGAACAUACCUGAAUGUUUUCAUGUUGUGUUUUUACGUUCCUGAUUCUGUGUCACUUGUAAAUAAUGUAUAUUAAGUUAUUGUUUUUGGGUGUAUCAUGCUGCAGGCAUGGAGAGAGCAGUACUGCACCACCUAUACAUUUCCAAAGAAUAGGCCUUCUGCUGAUCUUCCAUGUUGUCUCUUACCGUUGCAAUAGACUUUAAAUGUAAUCAUAUCCAUGACAGCCACACUAUCUCAGUGUCUCUGUGUGUGAUGUAACCUUUACUGUUUGAGAGUUGGAACAUGAAUAAACUGAAAGGAAGGAUAA